AGAAACUUGGUCAGGUUACGAGUGAACAGUGGCCAGCGAUAGGGUGGCCCGGGCAGAUUAACACCACCUGAAGUCACCAUCAUGAAGAUUCAAUCUGUUGCCCCUUUGGGCUACUUAGUGCUGAUGGUCUUGGCCCUGUUCCAAACCAGCUUAGCAACUGCCGCGGGUACAGUGAUACCGACCAUUCCUGCAGCUGUUCCGGGUGCUGCUGUUCCCGCCACUGUGGUUCCCUUGGCCACCAGCCAUCAAUUUGUUACCCGUAAUUGGAAUCGUAAUGUCUACGUGCCCACAGCAACAUAUCCUCCAAGUACCUACUACAAGUACAGUGGAGGAUAUCCCUCAUAUCCUCAGUAUCCUGUCUACCAUUAUCCCUACACCUCCACAUAUCAGUACACCUAUCCGUACUAUUAUCCCACAUAUAACUAUGGUUAUGGCUACAGGGGAGUGUGGUGAAGAAUUACUAUAUGCUUUGGA